AUGUCACUAUUCGGUUCUUCUCCAACCGAAACUGCACCACUCAACUCCAAGUCGUUGUUUGGUGAUGAACCCGCCCGCCCUGCCACCAAUUCCUCCUUGUUCGCAGACGAUGCUGGCGAAUCGCCAUGGUCUAUGCCCACUCCCAAGAAGUCGGCGCGACAAAACCUAGUCAAGAACUUGCUUCCUGCCACCGAUGUUCCCGACAGCUAUGUGGAUGCCUUUGACACGGUGCUCAAGGCGAAUGACAGAACUGGGGUGGGUAUUGGACUAGCUGGUGUCAAAAGCGUUCUUGAAAGCAGUGGUCUAAGUGAGCAGGAGCAACACAAGAUCUUCAAUUUCAUCAUACCGGGUGGCCAGGAAAGUGCCAAUGGCGUGGGCAGGAGCGAGUUCAAUGUGCUCCUCGCUCUUAUCGGUCUGGGUCAGGAAGGAGAAGACAUCACUCUCGACAGUGUUGAUGACCGCAGGCGAAAGCUUCCGCAGCCUCGCAUUGCAUACAUAGACCGACUGCAGUCCAGCAUCCCACCGCCCAAGGGCCCAUCGCCAGAGCGAACGAAGCCAACUCCUGCAAAGCCAAACAAGACUAGACAAGAUUCAUUUGGUGGCGAUCCAACUGCUGAUCCAUGGGCAAGCCCUUCAAAUAAUAGACUGCCUCCACCUUCUCCAGCUGCAAAUAAAAUGCCCACGAAUGGUAUCCCGGUGGAUGUGGAUAAAACCGCAUCCAACGGUAUUGUCAGAACAACAAGCACUUUCACGACUGAAGGAAACCGGUCAAGUCCCGACAGCAGCUCUCCAGAUAAUACCUCGUCUGGUGCAGCAACUGGCUGGAAUUCCUUCAAUGGCAGUUCAGGUGGCUUCUCAGAGCAACCAACACUUGGUGGAGGAUUUGGAGACCCUGGUGAUGGCCAAGGGCCCAAUCUUCCUAGCCAUGGGUCACAGGGUUCAACCUCUCAAAGCCUCGUCAUCCCGACAGGCACUGGUGAAUCCGUGAUUGUGUCUAUGCUUCCAGAAAAAGAAGGCAUGUUCCUGUUUCAACAUCACAACUAUGAAGUCAAGACCAUCAGAAGAGGAAGCAGUGUUGUGAGACGAUAUAGUGAUUUUGUUUGGCUUUUGGAUUGUCUACAGAAGCGCUAUCCUUUCAGACGAUUACCUCUGCUACCUCCCAAACGAGUGCAGUUGAAUGGGACUCAUCUUGCAGCCGAUGCCGCUAUCUUUCUUGAGAAGAGAAGAAGGGGACUUGUUCGUUUUGCGAACCAACUCGUACAGCAUCCAAUCCUUAGCCAGGAGACUCUGGUGGUCAUGUUCUUGACUGUGCCCACAGAGCUCUCUGUAUGGCGAAAGCAAGCAACAAUUUCUGUCCAAGAGGAAUUCACUGGGAAAGCUCUGCCACCGACACUCGAAGACAGCCUACCAUCCAGCCUACCGGAUCUCUUCGAUCAAGUCCGAGUUGGCGUCAAGCGUUCUGCGGAAAUUUAUAUCAAUCUAUGCGUUCUUUUGGAGCGCCUCAUCAAACGUAAUGAAGGUCUUGCAGCUGACAGUGCCAAGCUCAGUCAGGCUUUGGGUCUCCUCACAGAAAGCAGUCACGACACAUAUGCCAUCGACAACAAUGAUGUACCACUAUUGAAUGAGGGUAUCAUAUCUACGGCGAAACAUGUGUCAACAACCCAAUCUCUACUUGAGGAUGAGGCGAGAGCCUGGGACACUGGUGCUCUCGAGGACAUGAAAUCAAUUCGCGAUAGUCUCGUUUCGAUGAGAGAUAUGUUUGAUCGACGAGACCGGUACGCUCGCGACAACAUUCCCCAGUUGGAAAGGCGCAUCGAGGCUUCCGAGAACAAGUUACAGCAACUGCGACAAAAACCACCAGCACAAAUCAAGCCUGGAGAGUUGGAGAAGGUAGAGAGCAGCAUAAUGUCCGACAAAGAGAGUAUUGUUCAACAACACGCCCGAGGAGUGUUCAUCAAAGAGUGUGUCAGGGAUGAAAUCCUUACCUUCCAAGGAUCAAUUUACGCUAUCAGCCGUUUGCAUCAGGAUUGGAGUCAAGAGCGAGUCAAAUACGCCGAAUUGCAAGCUAGCAACUGGAGGAGUCUAGUUGAUCAGGUCGAGAGUAUGCCUACGGGAGAAUGA